AUGGAUUUCCCAAUCGCUCGUCCUGUGGUGGAUCUCGAUAAGGAUAUUUUGGCCAAGCUUCGGAGCUUUCUUGGAUGGGUUCAUCUUGGCCUCUUUGAAGAAGCCUCCAGGCGUUUCGAGAGAUGGCUUAGAGGCCAUGAGCACCAUGUUUGUGUCUUUAUGGAGUAUACGGAAAUGCUUUUAAUGCAGGGAUUGUACUCCACGUUCAGCACUACUGUUGACAAGUUUCAACUCGAGUCCCUUCCUCAAUGCCGAGACACAGAUCGGGUGGAUUUGGAGCAUCUUGUCCGACUCAUGAAAAUCUUGGCCGGGACACUUUUAGAUGGAAUAACACAGGAGAAGCUCAGCGAGGCUCUCGGAUUCUGGAACUCCAUGAAAUCAACAUACAGCGUCAACUCUCGUCGCGGGGUCAGCAUCAUCCAGGUUUACGCAAUCGAAGUGUAUAUGCGUAUCAUCACAGCUGCGAGCAGGUCAAACCAACUGGAAGUGGAAGAAAAAUAUUUCGACGUGCCCUUCCAACUUCCUCCAAUACCAUGUCCUUGCUCUGGCUGUUGGUACAAAUAUCUGAUAACGAAUGACUUGCACAGGGAAGCCCUGACGUUCCAGAGCAUUGUUCUUUCCGAUCUUGGCGCCAAGGCCGCAAUGGAAGCCUUCAUGCGAAACGACCUGUUCGCAACCAUGGUUGAUAAAAACGAAGUCAAAAACAUGGCCCUAUGGAGGGUGGUUAUAGAGUUGGACACGUCAAAUAACAUAUGCGAGUAUUUGCUGAAGAAACAACCUGAUCUUCUUUCUUUGGCCGAGGCUUACCUCGAUGUCUCGAUAUUCUUCAAACGAGUGCUUUCCCGAUAUGGCGCAAUUGUCGCCAUCCAUCUGGGUAGACCGCUUCUUCGCGUCAAAGAACUGGAAGGACUGGUCAAACAAAGACGGUCUGAUCAGCGCUCUAAUUCGCAGUGA